AAUCAUUUAAAUAAACAUGUCAACAGGUGCAACUUGAGUAUUAAAAGAACAGUGAAAAGAUCAGACACACAGAAUACACUUUAGACAAGUCCACAAUGCAGACAAUAAAGAUUGUAUUAAUAGUUCUGGUGCUGCUGGCCCAGCUACAGGGAACGGCAGCAUUUGGACCAUUCUUUAGGAGACUUCUAUCACGCUUUAUAACUGUGACGCCAGUUCCAGAAUUAGACUUGCCAAAAUAUUUGGGAAGAUGGUACCAGAUGUAUACAAGCCCUGUUGUUUUGAACACAUUUGAAAGAGAUGCUGUCUGUGUAUAUGCCGAAUAUGCUUUGAGACCAGAUGGCAAGAGCAUCUCAGUGUUUAACGCUAACAGAGUGAAAGUACCAACAGGGCCUCCUAAGAACAUAACUGGCUAUGCAACCCUCACUGACCAACCUGGCUAUCUGAUGGUUAAGUUCCCUGUGGCACCUGUCGCUGCGCCAUAUAUUGUGAUAAAGCUUGGGCCAGUUGUAAAUGGAGAAUACCAAUACAGUGUUGUGACUGACAACUUUAAGGCCUCACUCUUUGUUCUUGCCAGAGACGUACAGGAGUUCUACGCAAAAUACAAUGCUGAAGUUCUACCAUUCUUGAAAGCUGAAGGGUUUACUAACUUCCUUAACAAGCCUGUCAAGACAAAUCAAGAUCCUACUUGCAUAUAUUAGAACAAUACUUGCAUAUACCUACUUGCAU